AUGUCUCAAGAUAACUCUAUCACCACAGCAACAAAAACCACCGCUUCUGGCACCUUGAACAUCCCAGCAGCGGCUCCAUUGAGCAUUGUGCCAGGCAGACUAAAUCAAACCAUCUUGGAAACUGGAUCGACCCACGGGGGAGUAGCCAGAUGGGGCGAUUCUCCACACGAAUUUGGAAUGCGUAGGCUAGCAGGCAGCCAAGAAGACGGCGCGAUGAGAGAUUGGUUUAUCGGAGAGUGUAAAUCUUUAGGUUGUAGAAUCAAGAUCGACCAAAUUGGCAAUAUAUUUGCGGUUUUCCCAGGAAAAAAUGGGGGCAAGCCCACCGCCACGGGUUCCCACUUGGACACUCAGCCUGAGGCCGGCAAAUAUGAUGGAAUCCUGGGUGUCUUGGCCGGCCUGGAAGUGUUGAGAACCUUCAAAGAAAACAAUUACGUUCCCAACUACGACGUUUGUGUUGUGGUUUGGUUCAAUGAAGAAGGUGCGCGUUUCGCAAGAUCCUGUACGGGAUCCAGCGUUUGGUCUCACGAUCUGUCACUGAAAGAAGCCUACGAGCUAAUUUCUAUAGGUGAGACUGAACCAGAAUCGGUGCACACGUCCUUGAGUAAGAUUGGAUAUAUCGGUGACACCCCUGCCUCAUACCAAGAAAACGAGAUCGAUGCGCACUUCGAACUGCACAUCGAGCAGGGCCCUGUUUUGGAGGACGAACAAAAGUCUAUCGGUAUAGUGACAGGCGUGCAAGCAUACGAAUGGGAAAAAAUUAGUGUCUUUGGUGUGGGCGCCCAUGCAGGAACCACGCCUUGGAGGUGCAGAAAAGAUGCGUUGUUGGCAUCAGCUAAGAUGAUAGUCGCUGCGGCCGAAAUCGCCAAAAAACAUCAAGGCCUCUUCACUUGCGGUAUUAUUGACGCUAAGCCUUAUUCUGUGAAUAUUGUUCCUGGCGAAGUUACCUUUACGCUUGAUAUGAGGCACCCUUCUGAUGAAAUUUUGGCAAAGGCCCUAUCUGAAACACACGCUGAAUUUAAUCGUAUUGUUAAGGAUAAUGUCGCUGGCGCUCUAUCUUACUCGAAAGAAAUAUUACAAGUUUCACCUGCGGUGAAUUUCAAUGAAACGUGCAUUGAGUGUGUAUCGCGAUCCGCCUUUGCUCAAUUCCCUAAAGACAAAGUUCGCCAAAUUUGGUCUGGCGCCGGACAUGACUCUUGUCAAACUGCACCUCAUGUGCCUACUUCUAUGAUUUUCAUUCCUUCGAAAGAUGGGCUUUCUCACAACUACUAUGAAUAUUCAUCACCUGAAGAGGUAGAAAAUGGUUUCAAGGUUUUGAUGCAGGCCAUUAUUAACUAUGAUAAUUUUAGAGCUAUCAGAGGUCAUUGA